AUGAAUAAACGAAAGCAAUUUACAAUUGAAGAAAAAGCAAAUUUAAUUUUUCGUUUAAAAAAUGGUGAAAAAAAUUCCGAUCUAGCAAAUGAAUUAGGCGUAGGUCACUCCACAAUUUCUAACAUAUGGAAAGCUCGUGACAAAAUAGAACAAAUGUUUCAAAACGAAAAAUUAUCAGUUAAAAAACUUCGAAAUUGUACGCAUAUGGAUUUAGACACGGUUUUACUACGUUGGUUUAAAAAUCAAAGAAAUUUAUGCAUUCCAAUAAAUGGACCAAUUCUUCAACAGAAAGCCAAUGAAUUAGCUGAAGGCCUUGGUAAGCAUAAUUUUAAUUGUUCCACUGGUUGGAUUCAAAGAUUUAGAUCAAGACAUAAUAUUGUGUUUUCGACAAUAAGUGGAGAAUCCAAUUCGGUCAACACUGAAAUAACACAAAAUUGGCUCGAAAAAGUAUGGCCAAAAAUACGGGAAGGAUACACAGAUGAUCAAAUUUAUAAUGCAGAUGAGACUGGGCUCUUUUUCAAAAUGCUUCCAAACAGAACAUUUAAAUUUAAAGGAGAAAGAUGUUCAGGUGGUAAAAUGUCUAAAGAACGUCUGACCAUCCUAGUUACAGCAAGUAUAACUGGAAAAAAAAUGAAACUUAUUGUAAUUGGAAAAUCUCGUAAUCCACGGUGUUUCAAAAAUAUCAAACAUAUCGACUGUCUACCGGUAACAUAUGAAUCAAACUCCAAAGCUUGGAUGACUGCAGAAUUAUGGUCUAAAAUUUUAUUAAAUUGGGAUUUAGAGUUGGGAAGAAAAAAAGAAAAAAUUUUACUCUUAGUUGAUAACUGUCCAGCACAUUCUAAAGUUGUAUUGCGUAAUAUUAAACUUGUAUUUUUACCCAGUAACUGUACGUCUGUUCUUCAACCAAUGGAUCAAGGUGUAAUAAAAUGUAUGAAAACUUAUUUUCGAAAAAGUUUGGUGCUAAAAAUGAUCAAUAAUAUGGAAAAUAAAAUUGAUACCAAUAUCAACGUAUUAGAUGCCAUAUUACUGAUUUUCAAAGCUUGGGAAAAAGUAACAGAGAGUACGAUUCAAAACUGUUUUCAUCAUGCGGGUUUCAAAAAUGCAAUACAACAACAGUUAGUCCAAGAAGAACAAGAAGAAAUAUGUUUUCCAGAUAUUGAUGAUUAUGUUAACUUUGAUAAUAAUUUACUAACAUCAGAACCGCUUAAUGAUCAAGAACUUAUUUCUUCAUUCAGCGACGCGCCUGAGGAAGACGAAAAUAAUGAAGAAGCUGAUACGGCUGAUGAAGAUUUUUCCAUAAAUGCAGUGUUCAAUGCAGUAAAAAAAUUAUCAAAUUAUAUGGCUUUAAAUAAUCUGUUCAAAGUGUUCACCGUUUUGCCUCAAGUAAGCAUGUGCUCUUUCAAAGCUGUUAUUGAAAAUUGGCGAGCAAGUCUAUUAACACCCAAAUGCAAAUCAAUGUAUGCAGAUAGCGUUUUAUUGAAUAAACAAUUUCGUUACAUAAAACAAAGAUAUCUGAAGCUCAAAAAUCGACUUGAUAUUGCUGAAAAAAUGUCUGAUAGUUUAAUUAAUUCAAAAUUUUCUAGCCAUGUGACUACAGCUGUGGCUAUAUUCACUAGACUACAACUCCGUGAAACAAAUACUACAGCGAAAGGAAGAAGAUUUACACUUUAA